AUUCAGAUAGUGUCACUUAGCAUAUCUUCCAAAAUUUGCCUGAUACAUAUCUGAGUUGUUCAUAUUGAUUGGAAAUUUCCCACAUUAACCCCAAGCCUGCGAUUUUUUCUUGCCCAACAAUUCAAUUUGACGACAUUUUCGCUCCUCUUCCUUCUUCGCGUCGGAGAAGACUGACCCAAGGAGAAAGCUCACUAAUUCCGGCAAGGGCGGCCAUUUUCAGUCGAUGAGGUAAGCCUUUUCUGAAUUAGCUUCCGAUAUGAACGGGUUUUCCCCUUUUCCGGUAUGAACGGGCACCCAAAAUUGAAUUAGCUUUUUCAGCAAUGGAUUAAUGCCCUUGUUACAUGAAUUUGCUGAAAUUAUUGGCAUCAAUUAUUUUGAUGUUGAAUUGCUGAAUUUCUUCCCCAAUGCUGAAUUGCUGAAUUUCGAGCUUACCUCCUUCGAAAAAACGUGGUGCUUGGCUUUGAGAAAGAGUUUCAGCACCAGAGCAUAUCGCUGUUGGAUUGUUCACAGCCACUGAAAUCGGAAGGGAGAAGAAGGAGGUGCAAGAUUGAGAAUUUGAGAAUGGAAAUGCGGUAUAUGUGCUAGGGUUAGCUGAGGAUAAAAUUGGAAAUACAAAAAAUUAUUAAGGGUAGAAAUGGAAAGUUGUAUUAAACUCAUGGUGCAUUAAUGCCAAACCAAACACUAGAAAUGUUAACUGACUUUCCUAUUAAUCGAACCAAACACUUGAUUAAAAAAAGCCCAAGUCUGAAAAGGGAAUUACUAAUGUGAGGUUUCUCUUUUCUAGAGAAAUGGUAAAUGGUGAACCAAACACACCUAUAGUUUAUACUACUCCGAAUCAAUCAGGCACAAAUCUCAGCUGCUGAACGACGGCGAUAUACAGCAAAUAUGGCCGCCGCCGCCUCCGCCGCAGCACGCCGUUUGCAUCAUCCCCUUUCAACAACACUCUCCGAUGCAAUCUCAGUCAUCGACGCCGUAAAAUCUCAACUCCUAUCGAUUAACCCUCAAAACCUCAAAUUCCACCAAAACCCCAAUCCUGCAAUGCUCAAUCAAUUCUCACAUUAUCUAACGCAGGAUUUCGUGAUCGAAGUCAUCAAAAAACAGCCAAACCCUUACCAUUCCCUCUACUUCUUCAAUUGGGCAUCAAAUCCGGUUCCAAACCCUAACAAUUACUCCCACUCCCACUUCUGCUACAUCGCCAUCGCCGACAAACUCCUCUCUCACAAAUUGUUCUCAUUAGCUGCCGAUUUGCUCAAAUCCCACGGUAAAUUUUCGGAUUUUAUGGUGGGUAAGUUUAUCAAAGCCCACGGCGAUUUGGGGCACCUGAAAUCGUGUGAAAGGCUUUUUAAUCAGGCGAAAAGCGACGAAUUUGGGGGCUGUUUGUUUUCUUUCAAUUCUUUGUUAGGCCUUCUUGUUAAGAAUCAUAGAGUGAAACAUGCUUGGGGUUUUUUUGCGAAUGUUGUGAUUAAAUCGAGCUUUGUAAUCCCUGAUGUUUCGACUUACACGACGAUGAUCGUGGGAUUAUGUAAAGUGGGAAAUGUUGAGUAUGCAGAGAAACUUUUCUACGAAAUGCCAGAGAGAAAUUCGAGGAGUUAUAACGCUAUAAUCAACGGUUUGUGCAAGAAUGGUUUAGUUGAAAGAGCUCGGAGAAUCUUGGAUCAGAUGGCUGAAGAUGACGACGCUUGCAAACCCGACGAGAUUGCCUACAGCAUCUUGAUCGAUGGAUACUGCAAAAAGGGGGAAAUUGAGAAUGCUUUAAAUUGCUUUGAUGAAAUGGUAAACAAGGGCAAAUGUGAGCCGAAUUUGUUAACAUACAAUGCUUUGAUAAACGGGCUGUGUGUGAACGGAGACGUGGACGAGGCAAAGAGGAUGAUGAGCAGGAUGAGGCUGGCUGGAGUGAGGGACAACAUCGCGACUCACACGAGCUUGCUCAAGGGGUAUUGCAUGGCCGGGAGAACCGACGAAGCCAUCAGCCAUUUCAAAGAGAUGGUUAGCCUUGGGAUGAGCCUCGAUCUCAAGUCAUACUCAGUGGUCGCCAACGAGUACUGCAAGAUUGGGAGGCCGGACGAGGCUAUCGCCCUGCUGAGAGAAAUGAAGGGUAGAGGCAUUGUUCCGAGCGUAACCAACUGCAAUAGUGUGUUGAGGAGUCUCGUUAAGUUGCGAGAGUUUGAUAAAGGCGUUCGUUUCUUGAAGCAGAUAGCUCAGUGGGGUUGUCGCCCCAACUUCGUGUCCUACAACAUGGUGAUAGCCGGGCUUGUUGGAUGCGAGGGGAGGAUGGAGGAAGUCGACAUUGUUGUUGAUGACAUGAUUCGAGACGGGCAUUGCCUAGAUACCACGUUGUAUAGUUUGUUGAUACAAGCAAAGUGUGUGGGCGGAGACGUGGUGAAGGCGGUGGAUCUCUUCGAGGAGAUGAUUGGUGAGGGGUUGGUGAUGAAGAGAGAGAGCUUUGAAGUUUUUGUGAAGGAGAUGAGUGAAAGAGGUUUGGUGGAAGAGGUGGGAAAUGUGUUUGAUCGGAUGAGUAGUGGUGGCUUGGUGUUUGAUGUUGUGAGUUAUCAAAAUGUGUUGGAUAAGUAUGUUGGUAGUUGAUUCAUAGCUUGUUCAUCGUACCAUCAUUGAUAUAUGUCGAAAGAGGCACACUUGGGUGCGGUCGCAUGUCAGACCCGAACACCGGAACAUGACCUAAUUCGAUCGGGUUUGGCCCGACCUAAUUUAAUUUUUUAGAUAAUUUUUAUUUAGUAACAUAACAGCUUUUACGUAUAAGAACAAUCACUUUUGUUCACAACAACAAUUAUUUUUAUUGAUUAUACAAGUUUAAAACAAUCAA